UUGGAGAUUCGUCAAUCCCACAAAACACUCUGUCCCGCGCCGCCAAGUGGGAUUAGAACAAGAAACAAGACGAAUUAUUAUUUUAUGUUUUCAUAAAAGGAAGAAUAUCGCUCAUAAACAGAAAGGAAAUCGGUUAAAUGGAUCAUACAAGAGGGGUUGUUCUUUGUACGGUUGGGAAAAGCAAAGAAAUCGGCGAUAGCUGUCAAACAUCACCCUGUACCUAACAGGAUUGCGCACUCCUCGACUAACAUGAAGAUAGAAGACGGUGUGGAUUAGAACUCUUUCUUGCUAUUUAUGUACACAUCGGAAGCCAGAGAACGGAGUACCCCUUGCUUUUUUGGAAUUCCUCCCCCUCCUCCUCUCUCUUCUCAAUGUGGGCUCCCAAAGACCUUUGGCUUUGUGGUUUGAAAUGAAAUAAUGGCGACACGUUGGAGUGGCUCCCCGCACCGAGAUGACGAGAACAACCAAAUCGUUUCACCAAGUUGCGAGGCCAAGCAGAAGGGUGGUGUGGAUACCAGCGACGCCUCCGGCUGCGUGUCCCCCACGGGCACGGGCACGGGCGAGGACGAGCCCUUCUCCUGGCCGGGGCCCAAGACGCUCCGGCUGUGCCGCACCUCGCAGGGCUUCGGCUUCACGCUGCGCCACUUCAUCGUUUACCCGCCCGAGUCCGCCGUGCAGUCCUCACUCAAGGAGGAAGACAAUGGAAGCAGAGGGAGACCACGGAACAGGCUGGAGCCAAUGGACACCAUUUUCGUCAAGCAGGUGAAAGAGGGAGGCCCUGCCCACGGAGCUGGACUCUGCACAGGGGACCGGAUAGUGAAAGUUAAUGGGGAGAGCAUAAUUGGAAAGACCUACUCCCAGGUGAUCGCUUUGAUACAGAACAGUGAUAUUUCCCUGGAACUUUGUGUAAUGCCAAAAGAUGAAGACAUCCUACAACUGUUCUCCAGGGACAUCACAGCUUUGGCGUAUUCCCAGGAUGCGUAUCUCAAAGGGAAUGAAGCGUACAGUGGGAAUGCCCAGAACAUCCCGGAACCUCCCCCUGUCUGCUAUCCUCGAAUAGAGUCCAAGGCCUCGUCAGGUAUGGCCCAAACGGCAGACCACCCGACAGCCUCCGCGGGCUCGCCCCGACACACGGAAGCCCCCGCAUCCCCCUCCGCCACCCCUGAGCUGGGCUACCGGCGGGAGAUCACCGUGCCGCCCUCCCCUCCCCUCCUCCUCACGGAGGUCCCCAAGAACCAGACAGUGGUGUGUGUAUGCAACGAGAGCGUGAGGACUGUGGUGGUCCCCCCGACGGACACCCUGGCGGCUCCUUCCAGCGAGCGGUGCCCUCGAGGGCCACGAUCGGGACCCAGCCAUCGGACCGAAGAGAACCGGCACACGUCUGGCUCUUCCGCGGGGCCACAGCUGCAGAACACCCCAUCCCGACCCAUGGAAGCUUCCAGACUCCCUAGCCCCUCUGCGAGAGCAGCCUCCCAGCUGCACCCAGAUAACUCCCCCUCAGCCACCUCCCCCAAUCACUACAGCCCCUCCCCACCCGCCUCCAACUGCCCCUCCCCCGGCUCCCCCCACCAGAACAUCGACUGGCGUAACUACACCACCUACAAGGAGUACAUCGACAAUAAGCGCCUCUACAUGUACGGCUGCCGCACCAUCCAAGAGCGCCUGGACAGCCUCCGAGCCGCCACCGUUUCCCACGUUAACAGUGUCUCCCAGCAACAGACCCCGCCCCCCGUCACCACCGCGUCGUCGACCCCACUCGGGCUCCACUCGGCUGGCCUCUCGGGGUCACAGGUCAGGAGAAGGAGCACGUCACACGACCGGGCGUACGUAUCGCCCGGUGUCGUCACCCCCCUGCGCAGCGUCUCUCAGGAGCGCCUCCUGGGGCCCCCGGGGGAGCGGGGCCUCUACCGGGACUGGCCCCGCAGCGCCUCCCAGGACGCCCUGCCCUCCUCCACACUGUCAGGGGGAGCGGUGAAGCCGCGCGCCCGCUCCUGCGACUACCUUGGCAGGCAGGGCGGCGGCGAGGGGCUGGCCACCCGGCUGGUGGAUGUGGACGAACAGAGCCACCUGAUAUUCCAGGGCAACGAGGCGCGGGCCAGUCGGCUCUGCGGCUCGGGCAGAGGGGGCUCCCAGCCCCUCAGGAACAUGGGGGCCAGCGUCGGCUUCACGGACCCGUCUCCAGCGCCCAGGGCGGAGAGCUUGGGCUCCAGCCUCGCCAGCCCACACCCUGCGUCGCUGGCGGGGGGCAGGGCCUCGCGGCUGACUGUGAAGGCCGCCAGCCUGGACGCCUCGGCCUCGGCCGCCUCCUACAUCGCCUCGGCCCUGGCCUCGGUCCAGAGUCACAUCAGCGGCUCCAGCGCCUCCCAAGACCCAAUCAAAGAACAAAGACCCGUUGCCGUGGGCAACCACCUGCCCCACUCGUCAGUCCCCUCGCACCUGCAGCACCGGGGGCGUGCCGACAGCCUCAAGGAACCAGGAAGUCAGGAGGUGAGCCGUGGGGUGAGAUCCGCCUCCUGCUCUGCCCCCUCCAAAAGCCCCGCCUUAAGAACACUCCAGCAGGGUGGAGCCACUAACUCCACCCCCUCCGCUGUGACCAGUAACGGCACAGCGCCACGGCUCAGGGCCCAAGUGGGCCGGACAGAGAGCCAGGAGCCAGCCAAUGAGAAGGAGGGCCUGGAGGGGGCGGAGGCUAAGGUGGUGGUGGUGAUGCGCCGUGAGAAGUCCGGCCCCCACCCUAUUCGACACCCCUCUUACAUCCUGGCCGUGAACGACGCGGAGGCUGGGGGCCCGGGGAGUCCAGGGAGUCCAGGAGCAGGGGCCGAGGGUGGGGGGGUCUGCUGGCUGCCCAAUGACGCUCGGAGGGAGGUGCACAUCCGGAGAUUUGGGGAGCAGCACAACGCCUCCGUCUCAAGCCUGGGCGACUCACUCGACUCCAUCCCCUUCAUCGAUGAGCCGUCCAGUCCCAGUAUGGACCAUGACGGAACUCACAUCCCAGCCUCGGCUGUCAUCUCCGUCACCCCGGUAACCCCCGUCAUCACCACCAUCCCUCCCAGCCCUACCUCCCCCUCACCCCCGAUUCGCCGGCAGCUGUCACAUGACCAAGACUCCCUGCGUCUCACCAUCCUCAGCUCGGACUCCGCCACCAAAACCGAACGCUCCAAGUCCUGUGACGAGGGCCUGGACAACUACCGGGAAGAAGGAAGAGGGAGGGGUCUGAAAAGCCUUGCCGGUCUGAGAGGGUUAAAGAAGGCAGUAGAUAAGUCCUCCGAAGACUCGGGUUCAUCCAGGAGGGACUCGUCCUCGGACGUGUUCAGUGACGCCACCAAAGAGGGUCUGCUGUACCUCCGUCAGAUCACCUCAGACAAGAGCAAGCGUAUAGGUGGCGGCAUGCGUCCAUGGAAACAGAUGUAUGCGGUGCUCCGAGGCUCCUCCCUCUGCCUGUACAAGGACAAGAAGGAGGGGCAGGCCCACGCCAAUCACCAGAUGGAUGACGAGCCCCAGCCAAUCAGCAUCAGGGCCUGCCUGAUUGACAUCUCCUACAGCGACACCAAGCGCAAGAACGUGCUGCGGCUGACCACGUCGGACUGCGAGUACCUGUUCCAGGCGGAGGACCGCGAGGACAUGCUGACGUGGAUCAGGGUCAUCCAGGAGAACAGCAAUGAGGACGAGGAGAAUGCUGCGGUCACCAGCACAGACCUCAUCAACCGCAAGAUAAAGGAGUACAAUAGCUUGAUGAGUCCUACCAGUAGUAAGACAGAGCCAUCACCUAAGCCUUCACGCCAGUCCAUUAGCAUCAGACAGACGCUGAUGGGGGGUAAGGGAGAAGCCAAGGGCCAGAGCCCCCACUCCCCCAAACAUGAGCACAGAGCUGGAGACGAGACAAGCCCACCCAAAGAUAAAGGAACAUGGAGGAAGGGGAUGACGGGGCUGAUGAGGAAGCCCUUUGAGAGGAAGCCUCCGGCGGGGGUCACGUUUGGGGUGCGGCUGGACGACUGCCCCCCUGCCAUAAACAACAGGUUUGUACCCCUGAUAGUGGAAGUGUGUUGUAACCUGGUGGAGGAGCGUGGGUUGGAGUACACAGGGAUCUACCGGGUGCCCGGCAACAACGCCGCCAUCUCCAACAUGCAGGAGGAACUCAACCACAAGGGCAUGGGAGACAUCGACGUUCAGGACGACAAAUGGAGAGAUCUUAACGUGAUCAGCAGUUUACUCAAGUCAUUCUUCCGGAAACUUCCUGAGCCUCUCUUCACAAAUGAAAAGUACGCUGACUUCAUUGAUGCCAAUCGAAUUGAGGACCCGACGGAGAGGCUAAAAGUGCUGAAGAGAAUGCUGCACGAGCUGCCCGAUCACCACUACGAGACCCUCAAGUUCCUCUCUGCUCACCUAAAGGCCGUGGCUGACAACUCUGAGAAGAACAAGAUGGAGCCCCGUAACCUGGCCAUCGUGUUCGGGCCGACUCUGGUCCGCACGUCAGACGACAACAUGACGCACAUGGUCACGCACAUGCCAGACCAGUACAAGAUCGUGGAGACCCUCAUCCAACACUACGACUGGUUCUUCACCGAUGGCUGCACGGAGGAACCUGUGACGGCGGUACGGCAGGAGAACGCCGUGGAAUCCCAGCCCGUGCCCAACAUCAACCACCUGCUGACCAACAUCGGCAGGACGGGCCCCUCUCCCGGGGACGUCUCAGAUUCACCCACUAGCGACUCCGCUAAAUCCAAGCAGAACUCCUGGGCUUACGGGAAGGAUCAAUGCAGCCGCGAGCUGCUGGUCUCCUCCAUUUUUGCUGCGGCCAACCGCAAACGAAAGAAGCACAAGGACAAGCAGCAGCCUAGCAGCUCCGACGACGACCUGGACUCUGUCUUCACCCUCCAGGACCCCGUGCUGCCCCACGACGGGGUCCCGGCCCCCCAGCCCAAGAGCCCCCCUGCAGGGGGAAAGGAGAAGAGGGAGAACGGGAAAGCCACAGUGGCGGCUGCCGACACGCCCAAGAGCCGCAAGGAGCACCGGAACUCGUUCUUCCUGCGGGACAAGCGGACGAUCUCUGCCCCCUCGCCGUGCCCCUCUCCAUCUCCGUCUCCCUCCCCGAUCCUCCGCACGCCAGUGGCACUGGUGCUCCCCAAGUCGUCGCUGUCCGACGGCCCAUCCUCGUCCCUGCUGGACGAGCCCACAUCCGACCUGGGCACCAUGAGCUCGGGGGCAUCUGUGCCCCGUGGCCGGCCCCGCCGCUGGCUCUCCUCGGCGGGGCUGGAGCCUGGAGGCGGGCCCCUCGGGGCCUCUCCCGGCGCGGAGGUCAGCUCCAUCACCUCCGACUACUCCACCACCUCCUCCAACACCUUCCUGACAGGCGUGGAGUCCAGCCUGCUGAGCCCCGAAGUGGGGUCGGUGAGCGGCAGCCGUGGUGGCGAGGAGGCCGACGACGAGCGCAGCGAGCUCAUUAGCGAGGGGCGCCCCGCCGAGACGGACAGCGACAGCGACUUCCCCGUCUUCCCCAGUUCCGGACCGUCGCCGGCGGCAACCACAGGAGCGGCGCUCUCCACCCCUGAGGUCAGCACUCCCCCUGCCCAAUCAGCCGCCAGCUGUCCCGCCGCCACGCCCACCAGCCGCCCUUCCCUGCCCUCCCAUAGGCUGAUCGAGUGCGACACGCUCGCCCGGAGGCGGUCCCUGCGGCACAAGACGGACAGCGAUUCGUCGGUGGACGGGGUGGGGGCCAUCGGAGGAGGAGCAGGAGGAGCAGGCACUGGUGUAGCAGGAGGAGGGGCCAAGGCCUCGUCCUUGACGUCAUCGUCAGGGAAACGGCUGUCGCGCAUGCUGGAGGUGAUGAAGAAGGGCCGCUCGACCGGCAGUCUGAGCUCCACGUCCCGCAGUGACUCUGAGCGCAACGCUGCCACCACCGCCACCACCACCACCAACACAGCCACCAACACCACCCCUUCCUCCUCCUCCUCUUCCUCUUCAGCCAACCCCAGCGCCUCUGAGCCCAACUGGCGAGUCCGCUUUACCGAACGGCUGAAGUUCCGAGUGCGCGGGUCGGCCGACGACGUCCUGGGCGCCGCCGCCUCCUCGCAGCAGCGCAGCCACUCUCCGGACGCCCCGCGCCGGUCCAGCCGCCGCAACCGGGGCCUCCGCCGGCGCCACACCCUGGGCGGCCAGCGCGACUUCAGCCAGCUGCAGGCCAUGCACGACUGGAGUGAGCAGGGUGGCGUGGCCCAGGGCGCCGACGAGCUGACGGCCGUCGACCACCUCCGGCCCAAGUGCGGCUCGCAGCAGGACUUCUCCAUCCACCGCUGGAUCGCCCAUGAGAGGGACGUCCGUGGAGGCCCGGAGCCCCAGACGACCGUGGCCCUCGCCGCGGACCAGAAGCCGGGAGGAGACGGGGGUGGAGCGCCACCCCCGGGGGGAGAGCAGGUGAACGGCGGGGGACCACAGGCCAAGAACAAAGCAGGACUGUGCGUAGGAGGUGACGCCCACCCACACAAACUCUCUGGGGCGCAGGUGGUGCGCUCACGCUUCUACAUGGGUGUGCUGUGACAUGGGUGUGUGUGUGCAUGUAUGUAUGUGUGUAUGUAUCUACAUGGGUGUGCUGUGACAUGGGUCUAUGUAUGUAUGUAUGUAUGUAUGUAUGUAUGUAUGUAUGUAUGUGUGUGUACCAUAGUAUGUUUGAGAAUGAGCAAAACCAUGUACAGUUACAUAUGUAGAUAAGCUAAAGUUACUGCACAAUAGAUUUUUUAUAAAGUAUAUAUGACUAUAUAAAUAUGAUAUAAAACUGUAUAUACAUCUAUAUGUGUAUAGGAUCGUGAGGAAAGUAACUGGAUUAUUCUGUGUUUGUGUGUAUCCUUGCCUGGAAUGUUCUCAUACUGGAACAGACAUGAGAAGAGAACCUCUCCCCUUCACUACAACCCCAGUAAUAUGGAAAGGCAGUGUUGGUGUGUGUGAGUGUGUGCACUGAUUGGGAGGGCAUACACAGACACACACACACACACACACACACAUGUAACACAUGAAAGCCAUGGACUGACAAGAUCUGAAAGAAGUGAUUGAGCAUGAGAUUAUUACUGAAGAUUUUUUCUUUAACUUUUUUUUGAGAAAAGCUGUUAUUCUAUCAGAAAGUGGAGCCUCUUUUCUCUUCUGAAACAAUGCUCAAAUUCUUCCUAUGGUUACCUUCAUGAAGAAUGUAUGCGCUUUCUGGGUAUGCUGACUAACGCAUUGUUGCUUGUUACAACUUGUCGUGUAAACAAAAGCAAAAAUGUAAAUAUCUUUCUGUGUACUUGAAAUGUGUUUUUUUUGUUUGUUUGUUUGUCUGUUUUUUCAAAGAAAUCCUGGACGAGGGAUGUAUUCUGAGCUGAGUGCUGUAGGAAGGUCCUUUUAUUAUUAUUUUUUUACAGCGCAUACAACGGCCAGAUGCCAAGCUGGAUCCCGCCGGAAGGAAAGUGAAAUUAUUUUCAACUCAUCUGCAUGGCCCUGUGCGGACAGCAAACGGUACCAAACUCUCUGCACACAUCCCUCUUUGGGAGAGUAGUGUGAUCAGGUCAUUGUGAUGACAAGGAAUGAUGAUUUAUCAUGCUGAAAUGGACAAAAGACAAAGGAAAAAGUGCCUCGUGUGACUGGAUUCUUGGAACAGUUUGGGUGCCAUGUUAUGAUUUUUUUUUUUAAAUAUAUUAUUUUAUUUUUAUUUUAUUUCCUCUUUUGUUCUUUUUUUAUUUUAGAAGAUGUAUUGUGACUACAUUUUAUUGAAAAACUCAUUAAAAUAAUGUUACAGAUUUCAAACAAAACAACCAAAGUUCUGGUCUGGUCUCUUUUUGAUUCCCGAACAGACGCAAGUUUCCACCUAUAUUAUGUGUGUGUUUAUGUGUUUGUGCGUGUGUUUCGCAUCUGUGUGUAAGUGUGUGUGUGUGUGUGUGUGUGUGUGUGAGAGAGAGAGAGAUAGAGAGAAAGAGAGAGACAUUGUGUCUACAGUGCAUUCGGUUUCCCCUUGCUACAGUGAGGAAACAGAUAUUUCAUAACAAUUACUGUCAUUUGUGUGUGUGAUAUAAAUAUUAGGACUCCUAUCACAUCAUCCAUCUAAUCUACCUUACCAUGUAGCACAAUGAAGGGUUCAAUACUGAAUUUGAACCUCAAUAAUGCUAUGAAUGCAACGGAAUUGUAUUAUGCGAUACAACUAAAUGCUAUGACGUUUCAUCUCAGUGUGCAGUACAUGAAACGAACAGCAGAAGGCACUGCAUCCACACCAGCCAACCCUCAGUACAACGAGAAUUUGUUUCAAUUCAAUGUCUAAGAACCAGCCAUUAAAUAAUUUGCCAAUAUUGCAAACUACUACAAGCUACUUAUAUUCUUUCUAGUGGUUAUCAUACUGAACGUUAAUAUUAGAAAACCCACCAUCACAGACUGAGGUGAGAACGUGCAGUUUAACAUGAAAUCCUCUUUACAUCCUGAUAGCAAUGUAUACAUUAAAUGCUCUGACAAUAAAAAAAAAAAAA